CCCCCGCUCACAAGCUUGGGCUGCUUCUCCCCACCUCGACAAGGCACAGACUAGCUUGUGCAUAAACAAAAACUUAUUUCUCUCUCGUUGCUGGCAGCGUGAUUCUGCUUCUGCCUGUGCCCUCACUCACCUCACUCACACGACCUGCAUCACCUGCAAGCUACCAGCAAGCUACCAGCACUGCUGCCUUCCCACGAGAGCCUCAGCCCGCGCUAUUGCAGCCCAGAAUCUUACCAGCCAGUCACGCCGAGGCGGAAACGAGACGCCAGGAUGACUUCCGUCGAGCGGUCGCCGCCCUCUCACAGCCCACCGGGCCCGGAUGCCAAACGGCCCAGGGGCAUCCUCAAAAACCCUUCCUUCAACGCCCCGCACUCUCCCGACGAGUCUCGAGAUCGGGCCUCCAACAAAGAGGUCACCCUCGCAAACACCCAGAUCAACGCCGGACACCGUCGAUCGUCCUCUGGAGCAGGGUCCCGCCGCCACUCCUCUCACAGCAUUACCGACCCGUCCGAUUCGGCCCAGCGUCUCAAGUGGGAUGAGGCCAACCUGUACCUGACGGAGCAGGAGCGCACCUCGACUAUGAAAAUUACUGAACCAAAGACUCCCUAUGCGAAACACUACGACCCGACAGAAGACCCCUCCGACGACGAAGAAGCGGCACAGGGUAGCCUUGACGGUGCUGCUUCUGGUCGCAAGAAUCAACGUGCUGGUGCUGAAGACGACAUUCCGGGCCUAUCGUUGGGUGAGCCAGAGGAGGAAAUCCCGGAGAGACCGGCGCCGGCGACGCGCAGCUCCAGCGAAAAGACGGUCCAUGUGGACAAGGAGAGUGUCACCCCCUCCGCCGAAGAGGAGGUUGUGGGGCUCUCGCCCGAAGAAAGGGAGAAGCACCGCAAGUUCGAAGAGGCGCGGAAGAAGCAUUAUGAGAUGAAGAGCGUGGCGCAUAUUCUAGGACACCCGGAGGCGAUGCCGGAUGAUGAGGACGAGGACGAGGACGAGGACGAGGACGAUGAUGACGAAAAUGAGGAAGAGAAUGGAGUUCCGCCUGUACCCCCCUUGCCUGCAAAUCUUGUCAAUGGGUCGUCAUAGUUGAAAGAGAUAGGCUUUGCCACGCAACCGGUUUGUCUUCUUCUUCUCUUCUUCUUCUUAUUGAUAUUAUUACAUUUCGGUGCACCGCUGCAUAGGGUCAUGGAAUGGAGGGUUUUUUUUCGCCUAUCUUUUUACGUAUCCCGUAACGAGAUCUUGGCUGGAGUUUUAUGGAUACGAAUCUGAGGCGUUUGUUGUGGGAGUAGGAAUGUGGAACGAGGAAUGAGCAGUGUGCGCAAGGCAACGACGAGCCCGGAUUAAGGGCGUGGUAGUUAUCUCGAGUGUUUGGACAUCUGGGAUUUGUGGUGGUCGGAACAGGGAUUGUAUGUCUUUCUCAUUGACAAACGUGAGCUUAGAGUUAGCGCUUUUGAUUGCAGCCCUUUUUCACAAGCUGCAAUUUCCAUUUAUCAUUCUAUACGCUGCCCAUUUCCUAUUUUCC